GUCUCGGUGUGGUUUGUUUAGGUUUUUGAACUCGGCCUGUUUAUGUUUUGCUUCAGUGGAUUCAAAUAGUUUUACAUAGUUUUAGUUUUAAUUUUAUAAACUCUUGACGAUGUCAAAGUUAUUUCUGCUCGUUUUCAUCGCCCUGAGUCAAAGAGUUCAAUCGUUUGGAAUUGGAUCUACAUUAUAUUGCUAUCAAUGCGUUUCUACACAGCCUGGGUGUAGCCCUUUUAACUGGUUUUGGCACUGGAGCCAAGCAUGCCCAGAAGAUGGUGACACUUGCGUUAAAGUUAUAGAAAGAAAAGGAGCUUCUGAGGUGGUAACGAGGGAUUGUUUGAGUGCCUUGAAAGGUGUUCGAACCGACAUACCUGCUGACCACUAUGAGGGUUGCAAACCGGCUGCUGUGGAUGUAAAGCUGGGAAAUUAUGUUUUCAGUUCUAUAAAAGAACUGGAUGUUAAAAAAGACUAUUAUGAUGAGACCACAUUUUGCUUCUGUAGUUUUGACAACCGUUGCAAUGGUAGCUCUUCAUUAAAGGUUAAUAAAUCCGUCAUGUUUUCUUUAACAGCAUUAUUUAUGGUUAUACAUUUCUUAAUACUAAGAUAAACGAAUAUGUAUUUGUCAUUUCACCCAAAUAAAAACAUUAUUUUUC